GUGGGCAUCCCCAGCAUAACUAGACUAGACGCAAACCGAGCAUCUCUAACAAAAAUAUUUACAAUUUUUCAUUUUCAUAGUUUUACACAAUAGCUUUUAGAUAGAUCCCAGCGCCACCAUGACUAUGCGACCUGAUGACCACCGAAGGAAAUGGGACAAGAACGAGUACGAGAAGCUGGCGGCGGAGCGGCUUCUCAAUCAGGUGGCGCCCAAGGAAGAAGAACCCGUGCAACGGGAGAACCUUAAGCGACGUGAUUACAAGGUCGACCUGGACAGCAAGCUCGGCAAGAGCGUGGUUAUCAACAAGAACACACCCACCUCACAAUCUGGCGGAUACUACUGCAAUGUUUGUGACUGCGUGGUCAAGGACUCCAUAAAUUUUCUAGACCACAUCAACGGGAAAAAGCAUCAGCGCAAUCUUGGUAUGUCCAUGAAGGUGGAACGAAGCACAGUCGACCAGGUGAAGGAGCGCUUCCAGCAGAACAAAAAGAAGAUGGAGGAGAAGCAAAAGGACUACGAACUAGAGCGCCGCCUUCGCGAGGCCAAGGAGGAGGAGGAUCGCUACAAGGAGCAUCGCAAGGAGAAGCGGAAAGAACGGAAACGCAAGGCUGAGGACACGGACUUCGAGUCCGGCGGCAUGCCCGAUGACAUGGCAGCCAUCAUGGGCUUCUCCGGCUUCGGUGGCUCGAAGAAAAACUCGUAGUAAUUAAGUGUUAAACUGCCUCCCAAUUUAGUUGUACAAUGAAAUAGAAACUCACCACCAAAAGCUGCGCCUA